CGCCGUUUCUGAAAUCGCGAAAAUGGCGCCAGGUCCCGCACAAGAGGAUGAGCCGAUUGUUGAAGAUUCCCUGGCCAGGGGCAGAUCUCGCCGAACUAAGCAAGACAAAACCGGGAGGUUUGCAGCUUUGGAAAAGUUGAAGAAGGCCAAAGAGAGCGGGGAGAAACACAAAUAUGAGUUCACCGAAGAAGCAGCUGUCUAUGAGGAAGUUGAUGAAACAGAAUAUUCCAAAAUUGUAAGAGAGAGGCAGGAAGAUGACUGGAUUGUGGAUGAUGAUGGCAGUGGGUAUGUGGAAGAUGGCAGAGAGAUAUUUGAUGAUGAACUGGAUGAGGACAAUGUAUACACCAAUAAAGCUAAGAAGGCAGUGGAGCAGUCCAAGAAGAGUAAGAACCCCAACAUCAUGAAGCCAGGGAGCAAACCCAAGGCUACAAUCAAAUCCAUGUUCCAGGCACACACUGGCUUGAAGAAGAAACCUGUGAAGGAGGUGAGUCUAGAUAAUGAUGAUAUUCUGGGAGAUAUCAUGAAUGAAUUGAACCAGAAUUCCUCUGCUCCAGCCUUCAAGCCACCUCCAGCUAAGAUGGUCAAGAAACAAAAUGGACCUGCCAAAUCACCAUACAACCCUUUUAAUACUAAAGUGAAGUCCCGCGUGAGCCCAGCUCAGCCCGCCAAGCCCUACCCCAGCCCACUGGCCUCUCAGAGGUCAGCUCCAAGGCCGGUGGUCAAGAAAAUUAAACAGGAGAUUAAGCAGGAAGUGGAAGAGAGCCCUGACAUUGAGGAAUAUGAUAGUUGUCCUAUGGAUUAUAGAGACGAUGAUGAUGAUGGUCAAGAAAAUAUUAAAGUUAAAGUUGAACCAAAAGAAAAUGGCCAUCAUGAGUCGGAGAUGGAGGUGGGGGACAUCGACUUCGAUGACAACUUUGGCGAGACUGAGGAACAGAAACCCAAAGUGAAGCAGGAGGUUGAGGACUCCAAACCAGUGAUAUCUGCAGAGUUCUUAGCUUCUAGCUGGGAUACGAUGCAAGAUGGGGCAGACGGAGGAACCGCCAUGACAGAUGUUACAGUAGACUCGUCAAGCCUGCCCCUGAUAACCAAUGAAAAUGGAGACCAGGUGCUGCGGAUGUACUGGCUGGAUGCAUACGAAGAAAGGAGUAAAUCGGGGACAAUUUACCUGUUUGGCAAAGUUUGGAUUGAGUCAGCUAAGACCCAUGUCAGUUGCUGUGUGUGUGUCUCCAAUAUUGAGAGGCAAAUGUUCUUCUUGCCCAGAUCCACUAGAGUGAAUUUGAAAACCGGCCAUGACACAGGAGAGGAAGUGACGUUUGUUGAUGUUUACAAUGAGAUCACCAAGGAGCUAAAGGACAAGAGGAAUAUCACCAUGUUCAAAUCCAGGAAAGUGACAAAGGAAUACUGCUUUGAGGUGGCAGACAUUCCAGUGGAGUCCGAAUACAUGGAAGUCAGAUACAAUGGUGCCAAGUUUCCAACCAGGAUACCCCAGGAGCUGAAAGGAGAAACCUUCAGCCAUGUUUUUGGCACAAAUACCUCCUUUCUUGAGCUCUUGUUGCUGGAGAGAAAGUUAAAAGGCCCAUCUUGGAUUGACAUCAAGGCACCUCAGAUCAUAAAAGCGCCUAUGAGUUGGUGCAAAGUGGAGGCGGAGGCCGUUUCUCCAGAUAACAUUACUGUGGUGAAAGAAGCCUCUCCACCGCCGCCAUUGGUUUCCAUGACGAUAACCAUGAGAACCCUUCCAAAUCCCAAGACGCACCAGAAUGAGGUGAUAGCUGUGGCUUGUCUUGUCAACCAGCAAUUCCAGAUGGACAAACCAGCGCCCAAGACGCCAUUUAAUUCUCAUUUCUGUG